CGGGAUAUUCAUGUAUGUGGGGGGGGGUACACGGUGAGAAAAAGAUGGCAGCGCCACACAGCUACCGGCCAUUUCAAUUGCUCAACUGUUCAUUCGUCAACUGUCAACAUGAGAAACAUGGAUUCAAUGAGAAAGAUGAACUGGCAUUCGUCAACUAUAUCUCUGAAUGCGAGUUCAAUAACAGGAAGUCAAGCGAGCACAAGAAGUACCUACCGUCCCCGUGAUCCUCAGCAAAUUCGUCAACCAGACGAGACAAAAGAAAAACUGGAGCCCCUGAUAAAGGGGAUUCACGAGACAUCAGCUGAGAACAAUGCCUUCAUCAAGGAGUCGAUGACUCUCCUGAAGGCCCUGGAUAUCGAGCCAAGAUCACUCUCACCAGAGACGAACGACCAACUGGAUAAAGUAUCCGUCAUCUUGAAAACCGAGAAUCUGGCAGUCCUUGACGAAACUCUGCUAACGAUAUCUCGAAAUAGAAGGAGACUUGAUGACAUUCAGAGAUCGAGGAUUGACAGAAACUUGAAGAGAAAGUACGAGGAUCUCUGCAGUCGUUAUGCGAGACUCGAGGAAAAGGUGAAUAACACCCAGGAGCGGGUGAGUUUCAUAACCGAUUUUGUGGACACUGCACGAGAGUUCAACGAGAGAGAGUACUCUGAUAUUAUUCAUAAAGCGACGAAGUUGAAUGAAUACAGAGAGGCUGCACGUAAUUUGGAAAAUGAACUGUGUGGACUUGAUGUGGCUGAUGAUUAUCCAGAAAGGAUUCUGGAGAAAUACAGUUAUUAUUUGGGGGCCACUGGAGAGCUUGCAGAGCUGAAUAAAACUGUCAAUCAGUAUGGAGAACUACCGGCUGAUAUUCUGCAGGCGAAGGCUGCUGUCGAGCAAAAGGAGAGACGACGUGUCGAGGUGAAAAAUAUGUUGGACGAGCGGAUGAUGAAGUAGUCGAGUGCCUGUGUGUGAGGGUAGACUCUUGAGACUCCAUCUAAUGAGACAAAUAGUUUGUAAUUUAUGCAAUGAAAGAGAUAAAAUGACGGUCGUAUUCAGAAGACGAAUUUGAAUGAGUAUGCUGUCGAGCAGAGACAGGAACGACGUGUCCAGGUGCAAAUUUGUUCGGACGACUGGAUGAUGGCGUGGUCGAGUCGAGUGCUUGAGGUUUGAUUUGGUAGAAUCAUUUGUAAUUUACGAAAUCGAAGCUAAAUGACGAAGAUAACCUUUGAUCAGGGUGAGAUAUUAUUUAUACGAAAAAAAUGGAUAAUGAGACACAGUGAAAAGACCAUCUUCAUAAAUCAAAAAUAUUAUUCAUACAAAAAGAAGAAAAA